GUGCUGCAAAAGCCUCUGGAUUUGGAACUGGAUUUGACAGCUGACAGCGGAGGGAAGGAUAAAAUCUCAGGUACAUGUGCCAGACUGUACAUUCUCCAAGUUAGUUCGACUCCAGUCGACCAGCAGGAACCCAAGACCUACAGAGAAAAUUACUUUAGUGAUGAUGAUGACGAAAUAUCUUCUGGCGAAGAGGAAGCAGGCGACCUGUCUGACAGCGAACCAAUCAGAACGAAGCAUCCACAUACCAGGCACAACCUGAAGCAACGUUUCGUCUCUUUGCUGAAACGCUUCAGGGUUCCAGAUUCAGAAGGAGGCCGGGGUGCUGACUUGGACAACCCUAGCGAUAUCCAGGCUCUGUUCCACGAGCUAGGAUCGCUGAGCUGCGAGGAGGAUUCGGGAAACGAACAGGACACCAUGUCGAUAUCCAGCACUCCCAAGCCUAGUCUACGCCCUUUUUUCAGCAGCAGCAAGAGUCUGUUGGAUUCGAAUAAUCUACCUUAUAUCGAAGCUGACAGGGUGGGAGAGGAGAAAACAGCUUCGGGUAGUGACGGUAAUGCAGAUGUUUGUUUUACCGACCCAGAAGGGCAGAGCGACCCUCAGACAGGAUCACCUCCAAGAGAACAGUCAGCUGGGUCGAGAAAACAGACUGGCGAAAGUGAAUUUAGCAACAUAAUGCAGGAAAUCAGCGAGAAAAAAUCGAAGUUGUUUAGGACUUCGGCGUCUUCGGCUAAAAAGAAAAACUCGCUGAGCGUCAGUUCGGAUGUACCUGUUCCAGAAAUCACUGUAAGAAAAGGUUUCAUGGAACAAAUAUCCAGACUGCUGCCCGUCGAGGAGAACCUGCUUCCAGACUGCGUAGUAUUGAUAUCAGGACCCGAGGCGAUGGCCGCCACCAUUACCAAUAGGUUAAGCUCAUUCCAGACGUACAAAGUGUUCCAUCCAACGUCCUCUGUCGAGGUGAAAGCAGUCUUAACGGCCGUGUUUUCGAAAAUACAGAAAUACUGUAAUAGCUGCGCUAAACCCAGCACACCCCUCAAAAUCGUGCUAGUCGGUGGCGAUGUCCUAACCGGAUGGUUCGUACGCCCCUACGUCGAGAUGCUGAGCAGCAAACCAUCCGAUUGGCUGUCGUACACGCGGCUCUUUGUCGUUCCGCUCGGUAACAGCGGCGUGUCGCGCCAUUUGGCAACGCUGGACAGCGGCUAUAUGACUUUGUUCCCUGCGGAGAACGAUCCAAAGGGAGACGAUAUUGCUCAAAGAUUAGUUAGAUAUACUUCUGUCCCUAUCACUGCUCCUCUGGCUCAACUUCCUAUUGGCGAAGCUAUGUUGACAUGUUACGACGAGACUAGUCAGUUAUUCAUUCCAUUUAUUAAUGAAGUAAGAGUUGGUCCUGCAGACCACGUUCUCUCAGUAUCUGUGGAUAUGGACGACAUCUGUUCCAGUCCCCCCGCUCCCUCACUAACCCCGCCCUCCUCCCCAAACGUUCAAGUGAGGGAAUCUCCAUGGGAACCGUUAGAAUUACAGAUCGACUAUUGGCAGAUGCCCAAGUUCAAUGAAAACCUCAUAAAGACUGACAAAGACAAAACUAAGCAGGACGGUAAGACGUCACUGAAGGGAGUUUUCAGGGGCUUGCAAGCGUCGCCGAGCAGUAAUGCUGGCCUGUGCGUCAAUAUGCACAUGGCCAGUAAAGAGAAAAAACAGAAAAUUAUGAGGCUGGGCAAGAAGAAAGAGAAGGAAAAAGACUCUGAACCUCGGAGUCAGAGUGUCGAAGGCGUGUCCAGGUUGAUAUGCUCUGCCAGGGCUUCGCAUACUGUCCCUAUGAGAGCUUUAUAUCGACGGUGUGGAGUUUGCAGGCGUCAAAUUCUUCCAGCUCAGCUCGACCUGGCAAACGCACGUCAAAAACUUGACAGUCUCCCUGGUGGGCGUGCCUUUGGCCAGCACCGAAAUGAACUGAACCGGCGCCAUCUGUCCGCGGCUGUUGCGAAGUAA